AUGAAGAAGCGCGGCGGGGGGGCUCAAGCGGGACGGUGCCCGCUUGUUGUUGAAAGGAUUCGGUUUGGCCGGGUUCGGCCCGAAGGAAACAAAGAGAUCAUGGCGCCGUGGUGUUUUUUUUAGCGGACUGGAGGGAGGGGAGGCUGCGGUUGUUUGAGAGACGGGGAGCCUGCCUCCAUGUGCCGUUUGGAACAUUCAAUGCAUGGAAAGUCUGACUAGCUAGCACCCGUUGAACGUGCUAGCUAACCAGAUAGCUAUGCUAACAUGGCGAGGUUAGCGUGAGUACCUUGGCGCUUUUCCCCCCAAACCAGCACUGACAUUCUCACUUUUAUGAAGUCAUUGCAUGAUUUAUGGUGUGUCACGAGACAAGAGGCUCAGCCAAUGAAGAUGGAGUCAGUGGCUGAGGCUCAGCAGGGAGCGGAGUCUACAGAGACGGAACACCAGCAGAUCACCCCGGCGCAGAUUGCCACCUUGGCGCAGGUAUCCAUGACAGCUGGCCACACCUCGGCAACCGGCCCCACCGUUACACUGGUGCAGCUUCCGAACGGACAAACGGUGCAAGUGCACGGUGUCAUCCAGGCAGCUCAGUCGUCUGUCAUCCAGUCCCCACAAGUCCAAGCUGUGCAGAUCUCCACCAUAGCAGAAAGUGAAGAUUCGCAGGAGUCGGUUGACAGCGUGACCGAUUCUCAAAAACGCCGGGAGAUCCUCUCACGCCGACCCUCAUAUAGGAAAAUCCUCAACGAUCUGUCCUCUGAUGCUCCGGCUGUCCCUCGCAUCGAGGAGGAAAAGGCAGAGGAGGACUCAUCUGCGGCGGCCGCCACGCCCGCCAUCACCACCGUCACAGUGCCCACCCCCAUCUACCAGACCAGCAGCGGCCAGUACAUCGCCAUCACACAGGGCGGUGCCAUUCAACUGGCUAAUAACGGGACAGACGGCGUGCAGGGCCUCCAGGCUUUAACUAUGACCAAUGCAGCCGCAGCCCAGCCAGGAGCCACCAUCCUCCAGUACGCACAGACCAGCGACGGCCAGCAGAUACUAGUUCCCAGCAACCAGGUGGUAGUGCAAGCCGCCUCAGGGGAUGUCCAGGCCUAUCAGAUCCGAGCGGCACCUGCCAACACCAUCGGCCCUGGGGUGGUCAUGGCCUCGUCACCCGCCUUGCCCACCCAGGGCGCCACAGAGGAGGUCACCCGCAAGAGGGAGGUCCGCCUAAUGAAGAACAGAGAGGCGGCCCGCGAGUGUCGCAGGAAGAAGAAGGAGUAUGUCAAGUGUCUGGAGAACCGAGUGGCCGUCCUGGAGAACCAAAACAAGACGCUCAUCGAAGAGCUCAAAGCCCUCAAGGACCUUUAUUGUCAUAAAUCCGACUAAGCCCAUCCUUCCGGAACGGUCAGAUCAGGCCGAGUAGCCUUUCAGUUUGUUCAAAAUCUCUUGACUGUUCGGCUCUGCCUGCCGACUUGGUCUGACGUUGCCGCCCUUAACUCGCAUCCCCUUCGGUCAGUUGAGUCGAUCCAGAGUUUGUCUUUUAACUUUUCUAUUGGUCCCAAGACAGAGGGUACUCUUUAUUCAUCACCAUUAGAAAAUGUGAACGUUAGCGCUCGCAGGAAUCAGAGCAGCGUCGUCUAUGAGCAAUAUUUAGCUGCUUUUAAACCUGAACCUAAGGGCCAGGUAAUGAGUCCCACAGAGCAAUCCGUAAUCCAGUAUCUGAGCUAAACAACAUUAGCAUAACUUAUUGGUGUACAAACUACUAACCAGAAUACAGCAUCUUAUUGCAGACGGCACUCUUGGGCAAGCUGAGUCCCCGAAUUUGAAUACAUUUGGAAGGACUGCUCGCUUCACAUCCCGGGGGGAACCAGAGGAUCGUUGAACCAGUCGGACUCACACAAGUCCACUCUUCAUUUUUCCCAGCAAGCUCCCAACCACCGACUGCGGCUGGAAGUCCUCGGAUUGCCACGUCACGGUAUCCUAAUGUGACGCUUUUACGUCCGUUGGACUACAGUUCUUCAUUAGGGGACUUUGCAACACCACUUUUACAAAGGAAACUCACAUCUCCAUCUAGUAAGUAGACCCGAUUUGCAUGAGGAGCACUAAGAACCCGCUCAAACAAGUCUUCAUAGAUGUGUUUAUUUUUUUAUACCAUGUGUACAUACACGCUACAAUAUGUGUCAACUUCAUGUAUCUCUGUUUAUGGCAAACAUAUUUGUAAAAUAUACUGUACAUUGCCUGUGUGUGUGUGUGUGAGUGUGCGUGCGUGCGUGUCAUCCAGCAGGCCUAGCGGUCAUGGCAGCUACAUGCACGAGAAAAGAAAAUAUAGGCCUUUGCUUGUUGGAAAUGUAUGAGGUUGCGGUGCCAUGUUUUGUUCAAUUUUUAUGUUCUUAAUGGUAUUUUAUCACAUAGCAAACGAAAGCACAAACGUUCUUUCGAAAGGUGUCAAAUACUUUUUAUAGGGAUGGGCAUUUGACAAGAUUUCCUGGUUCAACUACGGGGAAGAUUAAUAUAUUCCUAAUUUUUUAAAGUACUAUUUUUAACGUGCACACAACAGCACCUGUACUGUGUUGAACCCAAGUAGUGCACCCACUUUUGCCUCACUUGCUUCAAAAUGUGAUUAAUCAGCAAUCAAUUCCACACGUCUUGACAGGAUUUUAACGAUUGUAGGGCCCAUCCCUAUUUUUGCCCGAAAGUAUUGUAGUGUUUUCCCAGUUGGCAGCUGAUGAUGUUUGGAGGUUAACACACGCAACAGCUGCUCUUAAACACAGCCUUCUCAUUGGCUCCCUGGUGCUCGGUGGACUUUGUUGCCUUGAUGGCGUGUUGAACAAAGAAAGUGUUUAAAGCUAAAACACCAGUUGUAUUUUUCUAGCUGAUAGACUUUGCUAUUGCACAGUAUACAAAUGUGUUUGUAGUGUAAAGAAAAUGGCCUCCGUGCUAUGGUUGUUGCAUCAAUAAGUGACCGGAGGAGUACUGACAAGUAAACGGGGUGGAUGCAGGAGGAACUAACGCAUACUCAAUGUGAAUGUGUGCAUUAGUUGGUGCCAUGAUGAGAGUUAAAAUGUGUUUCUUUGGUUUGUUUUUGUUUUUUUGGUGCUGACUGAACAAAGAAAGUAAUAACCUGUAAAUGUCUGUUUUUAAAUAGCAAUGAUGUUGACACCAACAACAUUCCCGUGAGUUGGUGCUUGAACAUCCCCGAGUGUACAGGCACAUUUGUAGUUUUCUAUCUUGUCAUGUGAUGACUUUGUGUACGGGCCUCCAAAAAGCCAUGUAUUGUCAUCUGGUAGAGGUCGGUGUAUGAGUUGUUACACUCUGUGCUUCAACCUUGUCUCCAUAUGAAACAAUAGCCGCUGGUUAUUAUUCUUUUGUAAGCACUUGUACUGUCGCAAUAAAUUGCACGUGCAGACUGUUA